GCCUGUGUUUCGCGUGGUCGCGCUGUGAGCUCCAAGCGGUGGCAGCACUGUUUUCCGACACGCUAUCUGAUCGUUCCCCACCCCUUGCCUAUAAACCUAAAGCCAUCGGCGUGCUAGCCGGUCAGGGUGAAAUAGUAGCGCCUCCGACAAUUAAUUAAUAAUGGCUCUCCUGGCUACAAAGACAGGAAGCCCUAACGUAACUCGCCGCUCUAUCGCAGCUCGCCCCUGCUCAGCGGCGCCUGUGCGGCUUGCUAGGCCAGGACGCAAGCAUGUCGGCAUCCAUGCUAUGGCAGCGGCUACUGCUGAAGAAGCGGAGCUGAGGAAGCAGCUUACAAAUCUGGAUCGCGUCACAAUUCUGUCGGAGGCGCUGCCGUACCUCCAAAGGUUCCGUGGGAAGACCGUUGUCGUCAAGUACGGUGGUGCGGCUAUGAAGGACCCAACCCUUAAGGCCGGCGUCAUCACGGACUUGGUGCUGCUCUCGUGCGUUGGCAUCCGCUGCGUGCUUGUACAUGGCGGCGGCCCGGAGAUCAACUCCUGGCUGGCCAAGGUUGGCAUCCAGGCGGUCUUCAAAAACGGCCUGCGUGUGACGGACGCCGCAACGAUGGAGAUUGUGGAGAUGGUUUUGGGUGGCCGUGUGAACAAGUCGCUGGUGUCGCUGAUUCAGCAGGCGGGCGGCAAGGCAGUGGGCCUCACGGGCAAGGAUGGGCAGCUGCUGCGGGCACGACAGAUGGUUGAGCUGGACAUCGGCUACGUGGGUGAAGUGACCAAGGUUGACCCCACCAUCCUCAACGUGCUCGGCAAUGACAGCUACAUUCCCGUGGUGGCCACCAUCGCCACGGAUACCGCCGGCCAGGCGCUCAACAUCAACGCAGACACGGCCGCCGGCGAGAUCGCUGCGGCACUCAAGGCGGAGAAGCUGGUGCUGAUGACCGACGUGCCGGGAGUGUUGCGCGACAAGAACGACCUGUCCACCAAGAUUCAGUCGCUGGACAUUCGGCAAUGUCGGGAGCUGAUAGCAGACGGCAUCAUCGCGGGUGGCAUGAUUCCCAAGAUCGAAUGCUGCAUCCGUUGCUUGUCUCAAGGCGUCAAGGCCUCGCACAUUAUUGAUGGGCGGGCUAAGCACUCUAUUUUAAUGGAGCUGCUUACGGACGAGGGUGUGGGCACCAUGAUCACCGGCUAAGAUGGGGACCAAGGGGAAAGAAGUGAAUACAAAUGAAAGGGGAAAAGCGCGGCAAGGGUUUAGGGGAGGGCCGCGCCCUUUUUCCCCCGUAUUCCUUGGAACGUCCUUAGGGUCGAAGUGAUAUGUGGUGUUGCAUCAUCUGCGGCCGUGACUGCGAUUGCAGAGGAGGAUCGGGAGGAGGAGAAGGGUACUGCUUUAUCCGUGCUCGCCCACAAGGUGCAUCUGCCCCUGAUGCUGCACGGCGCAUGGAGGGGAACCCGUUAAUCCUGUUAGGGAAAAAUACUGGUCAGGGGGUAGGUGAGGAGGCCGGAGAUGCUGUCUGAGCUGAUGGCUAUAUAACAGGGCAGCGAAGGGCUGCUGUGUGUGAUGCGGUGGUAAGGGUUACAACGGCUUUGCCUGGGAUUGUAACUGUGAUCAAGCCG